GCGACCCUGGUUGCGGUGCCAUGCCGGCAACCUAACUCUAUCGCCGAGAUUUCGAAUUCCGGUACCGAUGAGGAAUUCCCACCGCCCCGCCGCUAUCAACGGUCUCUCUCACCGGAAGGAAGCCCUUACUCUUUUCAUCGGCCUCCCUAUCCUCGCAUUCUUCGUACUUCUACCAGCCAUUCACCGCGGUCGUACCUUCCCCACCAACUCUUCUGGCACCCUUCCUUUUUCCGGGGAUCGCCGGCCUCCCAAGCUCGCCUACUUGAUCUCUUUCACCCGCGGUGAGGGGCGUCGUGUCAAGCGGCUUCUCAGGGCCGUAUACCAUCCGUGGAACUAUUACUUUCUGCACGUCGACCUCGCCGCAUCGGCUGAGGAGCGGCAGGAUAUGAAGGAGUUCGUCGGAUCCGAACCGGUAUUUGUUAAGUUCGGGAAUGUGCGGGUGAUGGCGAAUGCUGAAGUGGUAACGGUCAAGGGGCCGACGGUGCUGUCAUCCAUGCUUCAUGCUUCGGCCAUUUUGUUGAGGGAGGUUAAAGAUUGGAGCUGGUUUAUCAACCUUGAUGCUGCUGAUUAUCCUCUCAUUUCCCAGGAUGAUCUUCUUCAUAUUUUAUCAUUCUUACCAAGGGAUCUGAACUUUGUUGAGCACACAAGUAAUAUUGGCUGGAAAGAGCAUCAAAGAGCUAGGCCUAUUAUUGUUGAUCCAGGGUUAUAUGGCUCAGAUAAAAGAGACGUAUUUUGGGUCAAAGACAAAAGAUCCCUGCCUUCAUCUUUCAAAUUAUUUGUAGGCUCCUCAUCUGUAAUUUUAAGCUGGCCUUUUCUUGAAUUUUGCAUCUUGGGAUGGGAUAAUCUUCCUCGAACAUUAUUGAUGUAUUACACAAAUUUCUUAUCCUCCAUUGAAGGCUACUUCCACACUGUUAUCUGUAAUUCAAUGGAUUUCCAAAAUACCACUGUGAACCAUGAUUUUCGCUUUAAAAUGUGGAAUGAACCGCCUCGCCAAAGCCCCAUGAACUUGACUUUGGAGCAUUUUAGGCUGAUGGUCGACAGCGGAGCUCCCUUUGCUCGCACUUUCGUCGAAAAUUCUCCAGUUCUCGAUCAGAUUGACCUCGAACUUUUAAAGAAGUCGAGUGGCCGAUUCACUCCAGGUGGAUGGUGCUUGGGAAGCUCGAAGGAGUGGUUGGAUCCUUGUAGUGUUCUUGGGGAGGCUAAUGUUAUCAGACCAACUGCAGGUUCAAGAAGGCUGGAGGGGUUGCUUUUGAAGCUCUUGGAUGCGGAGAACUUCAGACCAAGGCAAUUGAUAGGUGGUGCAACAUACUGCGCAAUGGCAGCUCUCUGUUCAGAAAAUGAAAUCAGAGAUGAAUCUGCCAGUGGAGUGGAGCUCCAUUGAAGCUAGUGCAGGCUCAUCAUCAAGCAACCGCCACCACAUCCGAUGAUCAACAGCCGCUCCCUCCGGCCGGUUCAACUGGAUCCGGCCCAAUUAGGCCGGUAUCCAUGACUGAACGGGCCAGGCUAGCCAAAAUCCCCCAACCAGAAGCCGCUCUAAGUUGCCCUCGUUGCCAUUCCAACAACACAAAGUUCUGUUACUUCAACAACUACUCUCUCAC